UAUCUACACUACAGUAAAUACUAAAUAGGUAAAUAUUUCAAAGCUCAAAGAAAAUAAUAAAAAUAUUGCUACAUUUCAAGUCAGUGAGUGCAAUUAAGUCAAAUUUCGAGUGAUUUCUUAAGUGCAUAACUAUGAAAACUUUAACAUAAUACCAGAGCAGUUUCUUUUGAAAGUUCACUAGAUUAUAAAGAGUUCCAAAAUGCAAGAAGAGCAUAGAAAGGCUAUACAGAGCAAUUUUACUUCUCUUGUGGAACAAACAGAUUUGGACCUGAUGGUGUCUUCUUUGUAUGAAAAAGGAGUAUUUUCUGAACAAAUGAUAGAGCCAUAUAAGGACACAAGCAAAGAAGUGCGGAACCGAAAGCGGCAGCUGUACUUGGACGUGAUGCGGCGCGGCCCCGAGGCCUUCGGGCACCUGCUGGACUCGCUGUCGGAGGCUGGCUACUGGGACCUGGUGCGGGAGCUCGACCCCGACAGCUCGCUGCACGUGCGCCCGCCGCGCCACCCCGUGCCCAGCACUAGUAAAAUCUCAAAUGAGAGCAACUUUGUUAGUCUAAGCACAGAGAAGAAAAAGUCAAAAACAGGAGUUGAAUUGAAUAAAAAUAACUUGGAAUGUUUCCCUCCGAAAGAUCCUCUAUAUCCUUCUGGCGAGGCUCCUGGGCAAGAUAUGCCAGAUCCCUCGAGAAUACCACAGUUCCAUGUUGUGAAAUCCACCAAAUUUACAGAGGAUGAUGGUGAUGACAUCAAGCUGUACCGCACGCGCGGCCGCAACCGCGGCUUCCUCGUGGUGUUCAGCUACAUCGAGUUUCCCAACAACAUGGAGCCCUACCGCCACGGCGUGGACGUGGACUGCAAGAACCUCAAGUACCUGUUCAACGAGCUCGGCUUCAAGGUGCUCUCCUACCAGGAUCUCACUCGGAGCGAAACCCUGGACACCCUGAAGUUCCUCAAGCGGGUGAUCGUGGACACGGAGUGCGUGUUCGUGGUGGUGUCGUCGCACGGCUACGAGCUCACGGGCAGCUCGGACAACGACAUCCGCUGCCACGACGGGAAGCUCAUCCGCAUCUCGGAGAUCGUGGACCACUUCAACAACAAGAACUUCCCGGCGCUGCGCGACAUCCCCAAGGUGUUCAUCUUCCAGCUGUGCCGCGGCUCCGACGAGGACUACCUGCCGCGCCGCGCCGUGGCCGACGGCACGGCGCGGCCCGAGCGCGCGCGCCUGGCGCCGCCGCCCGAGCCCGCGCGCGCGCGCGUGUACUCCGACAUCCUCAUCGCGCACUCCACGCUGCCGGGCCGCGUGUCGUACCGCGACGGCGCGGCGGGCUCGUGGUACAUCCAGACGCUGUGCGGCGUGUUCGCGGCGCGCGCGCACGACUGCCACGUCGAGAAGCUGUUCACGCUCGUCGACAUGCAGCUGCACGCGCUGUUCCACAUCCAGACCUCGUCCGUGGACCGCUGGGGCUUCAACCGCCGCCUCUACCUGCACCCCGGCCUGUACGAGCCCUGACCGCUCUAUAAAGCUCAAUAUAUUUAUCCCUAAAAUAAGUUACGAGUGACACGCAUGUCAAGAAUAUUGGUAAUUAAUAUUGACAGAUGAUGUUCUAGUCAUCGUGGUGCUGCUACAAAAUGUUAUACACAUUAUUGAACAUUAAACAAACAACUUACACUAAACAUUGUUAGAUUUUGAUACAUAUUUUCACAUAUAACAACUACUGUAAUGUAUUCAUAAUGUUUACAUAACAAUAUUAAAGUUUUACUUCCGUGGGUCGAGGAUUUCAUAAUUCUGAGUUAUAUAAAACUUUUAGUCUGCGGUUGAAAAGCAAGUGCCAGAAUAUUAUAUCCAUGAUUUGUUUAAUACCUCUCUUACUUUUAAUCUCGUAGUAUUAAUUAAGUAUUUUAAUGCUAAGUAAUAUUUUCCCUAUUAAAGAUUAACUUUUGAAAUAGCUUAGCGAUAUGCUGCUUUUUUCCCAAGAUAAUUCGAACUCUAUCUCCAAUGGAUUUUUACAAACGUUGGAUUUGAAAAUUACGGAUAGACACUUCAUUUAUUUGUAUAGUUGGUAAGGGCGGACUGGGCGUGGUUGGUGUUUUGUACUCUGCAGGAUCGUAGUUAAGGCAAUUGGUUCCGAAUUUGUUGCACAGAAUUGAACUUAAAACUGAUUUUGUACCGCGGAAAAUAAUGAAGUGAACGCUUAUCAAUGGGAUUUUCUUUAUUUACCGCUAAAUAACAUCGAGGUUAAUUUUACUGUAAGAAAAUAUUUUAGAAAAAAAUAUAUAAUAUACUAAACAUAAUUUUAAAAAAAAGUGACAGAAAAAAGUCUUGAUUUGUUUCAUGGAAUUGUAUUUAUUUUAUAAAAUGUAUUAUUCGAGACUGAACUAAAUGUUUUAAUUAAUUAUUAGGAGCUAUAAAGCCGCAUAAGUAUUUGACUAUCUGGUCCACGAGCACACUUUCAGAACUAAUUUCUGUCCGACUUCAUCCUCUUACGAUGUGGGGUGCCACUGAGUGAGAUACGUAUGCUCGGUGUAUAUAUCUUGCAGACAAAUAAACAUCUGGAGUAAGAGCCCAUGAUCGCCAUCACCUUCCUCUUUUUAUAAUCAUUUUAAAGAGUUGUUAUUAGUUUUAUAUGGCAUAUAAUUACCUCUAUUUAAAUCCUCUAUCUUAUAAUAAGGGUUACAUGAUGGGCAAUAAGGAGAGCUAUGAUGGGACGAAGAAGUAACACUACGUGAUAAAAUGCGGAGAUCCGUAAAAGAACAGAGUAACCGACAAUAGCUCAACAAGUUGCGAAGCUGAAUUGGCUAUGGG